CAGCGACUGCAGCCGUCGAGGAAUAGUCACAGAUAACAUAUAUAGCCCAGUGUUUUCUGGCUUUGUUACCAUGGCAACAGCAAGUCACAAUAAUUUACAAAAUGGCGACCGUCGAGGUAAACCAGAUGACUUUUGGACAAAGUUUUAUCGCGCCUAACAAGCACAAGCAACAAGUGCCAAAUCAUCUGCUUGACACAAAAAUAUUCAGCAAAGUAGCUGAAAAUGACGUUUUUCAAGCCAGACCUUCAAGUGUUCAUUUUAGUGGGUUUGAACUGAAAAAGACCUCGAAACAAAACUUGAAAUUGACUAAUAUUUCUUCACAAUGCCAAAGAAUGCAUAUCAUCCCUCCAACUACAUCUUACUUCAAGAUAAAAUAUGUUAAAAAGGAUAGACUUGUUCCUGGAUUCUCCAUGGAGAUUGAAGUUGAAUUUACUCCAUUAGAGUGGCAGUAUUAUUACGACUGUAUCCGAAUUCAUUGCCAGUCUAAUGAAAACUUGAUUGUUCCACUUCAUGGUUAUCCUGCAUUGAACCUCUCAGACUUUCCCAAAUCACUCAACUUUGGUACUGUCGCUGUUGGCGAGAGUGCAAUGAGAAAUAUUUCUUUGAAAUCAGACAUUCCUGUUGAAUUUGAGUAUAAAAUAAGCCUUCUGCAAGCUAUCCCAGCCAUUCAAGUGGAACCAAGACAAGGUGUUAUACCUGGAAAUAGUACAAUAGACAUCAAAGUGACUUUUAAUCCAACUGAAUUCUGUACAGUUCACAGCAAAUUACAGCUGUUGAUAUCACAAUUUAAUGCGUCACCACGAAGCUGCCAUAUAACAGGAUGUUCUGUUCCUGGAAUGAAACUAAAGAGAUUAGAAGAGGCAAAUGGAGGGAUUGAAAAAGAGCCUGGAUCAUUGCAAAGAACCACGUCACUUGAUCCUACCACCAUUGACCCAUUGUACAGAUCAAGACUAAAGAAACAGGCAAAAACUCAACAAACGCUUGCUGCAACUGAAAAGAAUGGGGUAUUAAAACAACGAGCGCAUUUAAAACAAGCGCAAGGGCAAACUCUCGCUGCGAGGGGGGAGGAGAUAAUUCGCAAUGGUAUAAGAUUUCCGAAGAACUUAGUUACACCAAGUGCUGUGUCGUAUGUUUUACAACAACAGCCUGGGAAACUUAAAGCUAAAGAUAUUCGACAAGCCGUAAAAGAAAAGAAGGACAUUCCUCUUAGCACCAAACAACUUAAAGAAACUGUGUUUGAGUACAAAGUACAACAAAAUAUAACAGAAGAGAGACAAAAUCAGUUACGAUGGUGCGUGAAAUUGGGAGAAGAUGAGAUCUCACAGCUUGAAAGAAAUCGAAUUUUAGAAGAUCGUACACAAGGCGAACGAGAGUACAAGGUAAAAAAGGGUGAUCCGGACGAUAAAGUUGAAUAUGAUCGUUCAUGCACGAACUGUACUCAGAAAAGAAUACAUCGACAAGCGAACACGAGUUCGGAAUAUACAGCGAGGUUCGACUUCUUUGUAAACGAUGAUUGGACGAGAAGACAUCGGGUAUUAAGACGGUUCAUUCAAGCAGGAAGGAAGGUGAUUGUACGACGUCGGGUUUCUCGAUAUCUUGAGUCGCUGAAUCAAAAUUUAACAGAUAGUUUAAGGGAGGGAUCAUUAUUCCAAGGCAGCGCACGUUCAUAUCCUACCAGUACAGCAGAUGAAACGAUCUCAGCAACAUUUUAUCUAAAACCUCAAAUGGUAGCACCUUUUUCAUUCCCGAUGUUAACAGAGGUGGAUGGAAAGGAUAACGGUCGCAAUACGAUUGGACAACUUUCCACUGAGCCAACAUGCGUUCAUAUCGAGUCCCGCAUUCCGUAUUUUAAACUAAAAGUACCACAGCAAUAUACGUUACUAGGUUACCAACCUCAUGUUAGUCAAUUGUCUGCUGUGGAUUACACGCCAAGUAUUGUUGGUAGACCUCUUAGAACUGGUGCCGAGGAUGAAGUCAUCAAUGUAGUUUCAUCACUCCCGCAUACGAACGAUACAGAUGUGGAUAUACUAAAGGUGCUGGAAAAUGAUGACGAGGAAGAUGUUAGCCCUGGUUUAGGUGUAAAUGCGACAAACGAGAUCCUAUUUAAAGGCAUAGAAAGCCAGAGAGAAGAUGAAACAACAGCUGGUGGAAAGACGAGAUUGGUCAUACCAAGCUCAUUUUUCAGGAAACCUAAAUAUCAUCCAUUGCAGAUCUUUAAUCCAUUACCUGGACUUCAUGCCAUACAACCUCAAGUUUCGUACUCAAAAGUUGAUGAAGACUACCAUCUUUGUCCUUUACCUCGAUACAAGUUAACCAAUAAAAGUGGAACGAAUAGGCCAGACAAAGCGUUUAUUGAAAGACCAGACGUCAUAUCAGGUUUAAUGACCUGGAAGAGGUUUCCUUGUCAAAGUUUGGUCAGUAGCAACAAUGUUCCUAAUAUUACUGAUGUCUGGGUACCUCGUUGGACGAGUCCUUUUAUUGAUGAUCUCCUACCACAAGAAACACCAGAACUACUUCAUGAAUUACCAGACGAUGAUGUUAUGAGUGAUAUAGAAUCACAAGAUGAAGAAGAGAUCACAGAUACUCCUGCAAAUCCUGCCGUUCUCACACCCGAGAUGGUCUUUGCUAUGUUUCCACCUGUUAAAAAUAAAACCCUCCAACAAGAAGAACAGAGCGAUGAAACAUUUCCACGGAGUGGAAAAUUACCUUCGAAUAACAACCCUGUAUCGUCAGGGGGACUAAUAUCAAGAAAUGAUCGUGAAAAAGAACUUGCGAUAUUUAUCGAAGGCAACAAUGAUCGUCUUGGACGGGUGAUACGACAAAAAUUAAAUGAAAUGAAUAACCUGCUGAAAGAUAAUAAACUGAAAACGACAUUAUAGUGUUAUGAAUAAACAUCUUUGCUUUGAUGAAAUGCGCUUUUAUAUUAUUUCACUGUAUAUAGUUUCGAGAAAUGUUACAUAUGUAGGUUAUUGUU